UGCAAUGCAAAGUGCCUUGUUGAUGCUGGUUGCAGGCCUCGCACUGGCGAGCGGCGUGCGCGGGGACGACGCACCAGGCACCACUGCACACUUGGCCGAGAUUUUUGUUGGCCGCUGCUUUGACAAGUCCACGGUGGCGGACUGCAAUGCGUGGUGGGCAGCCUUCAACCAGGUCGUUGCGGACGUCGAUCCGCUCAGCGUCACCGCCGCCAGCUUCGACCCGUACUUUGCCAUUGCGAACUUUUCCACGCCCGUCGACAAGGCCAUGUUCUGGUCUGGCUCGCAGUACUACGUGCACCAGCUCUCGGACGCUGGCCUCCGCUACUUUACGAUGGAGGACACGGUCGGCGGGUUUGUCCAAAACGGGCUGCAUUGGUGCGGCAGUUCGUCGGGGUACAAUUACACGAGCUGCCCUCCAGGAUUCCGCAACACAACGACAGACACUUGGUAUGGGGCCGAGCUGGCCUUCUGGCAACACGCGUCGACGACGUUUGCUCGCCAAGCGACCGGUCGCGUCUCGGUGCUCCUGGGCUCUCCGUACGGCGGCUCGGCCUACCGCAACUCGUCCUUCUUUGCCCUGUACGAGCUGCCCAACAUGAACACGUCGCUCGUUACUGCCAUCGAUGUGUACGUGAUUACCAACGGCACAGAGCGAUGCGGGAGCGGCUCGCUCGUUGCGUUGGUGCAGGACAUCAAGCACCACCUGGGCCUCACGCCGUCCUGCUAUGACAACCCGGACAUGGUUCGCUUCAUUCUGUGCGAGAAUAACGGCGCUCCUUCGGCGCAGUGCCAGUUUGCCAACGAGUUCUCGGAAUCGAGCGAUCUCCCCGCCGACAAAGCCGUCCCGCUUGCGCUGGGCUGCCUUCUCGGUGGCGCCAUUCUCGUUAUUGCAGUCCAGCAGAUUCUCUUGCUGCGCAAAAAGCAGGCCAGUAGUCAACCGAUGCGUCAGCCAUUGAUGGGCUACGGAGCAUGA